CUCUCUCUCUCUCUCCUCCCAAAUAUAUUAUGCCUUCUCUCUUCAUUCUCCAGAAGCUAGCGAUGGAUACCGUCGCACCGGUCAUCGUCUCUGGUGACCGUUCGGGCCCAAAACAAACCGAGAUGCUCGUCUUGAAGCCAUGAAUAUAGAUCGGGGCUUGGUUUUGCAUGGUUCGACUCCUAUCUCCACGAAAACGAUCGACAAUGUUUCGGCUCCCAACGCUUCGAUAUCAUCCGGAAACUGUUGGAUCUGGUCGAUUUCGAUGUAUGUUGCUCUGGGGGCCUCAAAAAAGCUUCCGACCGUUCGGAUUCACCAACAGAAGCUGCCAACUUCGACGAGGCUUAGGCCGAGAAGUUAUAUGGAGAGUCUCCUUGGUGGUGGCGUGCAAAACAACAUGAGUAGUAGGUUUCCAGGCAUGUCAGGCUCCAGUGGAAACAGUGAUGGCAGAAGAUAAUGUUGGCAGCAGUAAUCAGGGCAUUGAAUGCCUCGGAUAUUCAGGGAUUGCCAUUUUUCUUUAUUUUUUUCUCCUUUUUUAUGAUUUUUUUGGUAAUAAUAAUAAUAAUAUAACAAUAAA